AUGUUGGACAUCUCCUCAAAGCUGAGGAAGGUUCUGCCAAAUCAGUUUCAGGUUGUUGGUCCAGUUGGUCCUCUUGUUGCUGUAGCCGGUGAAGACCUGGUUCUGCCCUGUUCUCUCAAACCCAACAUCAGUGCUGUGGACAUGACAGUGGAGUGGAGUAGACUCCAUGGAUCAGACACUCUAGUGCAUCUGUACACAGACCAUGAAGACAGAAAUGAGAGACAGAUUGAGUCUUAUAGAAGGAGGACAGCACUGUUUAAAGAGGAACUGCAGAGAGGAAACACUUCAUUAAAACUCUCCAGAGUGAGAGUCUCUGAUGAAGGAAAAUACAAAUGUUUGAUUGACUCUAAAAGUCAUUAUGAUGACAUAACUGUUGAAGUCAUAGUUGAAGCUGUUGGAACCCAUCCAGUGGUCUCUAUGGAGGGCUAUGAUCAUUCAGGAAGACUGAGUCUACUGUGUGAAACUAAAGGUUGGAACCCUGAGCCUGAAAUUCUGUGGCCGGACAGUGAAGGAGACAGUCUCCCUGCUGAGAAUACAGAGACAGUCAGAGACACAGAGGGUUUCUAUGUGAAACAACGUGUUAUUGUACAGGACAGUAACACCAACAGAUUCUUCUGUAGAGUAAUAAUGAGAGAGCACAUGAAGGAGGUAGAGAUUUUCAUCCCAAAGAGUGAAAAGAAGAGAAUUCAGGAAGAUGCGGAAAGGAAAGAGGCAGAGAUGAGGAGAGAGAUUGAGAGCAGAAGGAGACUAUAUGCAGUGGAUGUGACUCUGGAUCCUGAUACAGCACAUCCCAAACUCAUCCUGUCUGAUGAUGGAAAACAAGUGGAACAUGGAAACACACGACAGAAUUUCCCUGACAACCCAGAGAGGUUUGAUAGAUGUCCCUGUGUCCUGGGGAAAGAGGGGUUCUCCUCAGGGAGAUUUUACUAUGAGGUGGAGGUCAGGGGGAAAACUGCAUGGGAUUUAGGAGUGGCCAGAGAGUCAAUUAACAGGAAGGGAAAGAUUACAUUAAGCCCUGAGGAUGGACACUGGACUAUAUAUCUGAGGAAUGGGGAUGAGUAUGAGGCUCUUGCUGAUCCUGAUGUUCUCCUCUCUCUGAGACAGAAGCCCCAGAAGGUGGGGGUGUUUGUGGAUUAUGAGGAGGGUCUGGUCUCCUUUUAUGAUGUGGAGGUCAGUUCUCAUAUCUACUCUUUCACUGGUCAGUCUUUCACUGAGAAUCUCUAUCCCUACUUCAGCCCUUGUAAUAAUGAUGAAGGUAAAAACUCUGCUCCACUGGUCAUCACUCCUGUCAGAUAA